ACAGAAGACAACAUGUGGUUUGGUUUCCGAAUCAUUCUUAGUCUUACCCUCUUUCUCUCCCAAGUUUCUCACCUAUCACAAUCCAACACGAGCUACAGAACAAAAGAUUCUGGGAAGGGAGAACGACACAUCAUCGAGGUGAUUCAGAGAGACCAGCGUACUGUUGCAGAACAAGGAGGGAAACAUAAAAGGAAAGACAGACGAGUAGACGGAAGAGACAAGGGAAGGAGAGAAGAUGGUGCAGAGAGGAGAGAUGUCAGUGAGGAAGACAUCCCACUUCUCACUCACAUGUAGACUCUUGAGCCAAUACUUGAAGAAGAAGAAGAAUGGCAACCGUGGUGAGCUUGCACUUCGCCAACAAGCUAAAGAGAAUUCACUGGUGCCCAACACCGUCAGCUUCGAACCUGGGGUUGAUGUCUCAGGAAAGAAUCACCAUCGCCAUACUGAAAACUCCAUUCUAACAAAGGAGGAAUCUAACAUGGCUACGAACACCAAGGAGAAACGGAAGGACCAGUUUACGGUCUUCUACGGCGGAAAGGUGGUGGUUUUCGACAAUAUUCCGGCGGACAGAGCCAAGGAUCUGAUGCUGAUGGCAAGUAAAGACACCACUCGCAACUUGAUGACACUGCAACCCCAAGCCAAUAAUUCUUCUGAUAUGCCCAUAGCGAGAAGGAACUCCCUCCAUCGAUUCCUGGAGAAGAGGAAGGAUCGGAUGGGCAAGGCACCAUACCAAGUCCAUGGCGGCUCGGAGGUGGCGAAGACGGAGGAAGACCAGCCGUGGCUCAGCUUGGGUCGACGAGUUCCGGAGGCAGGAAGCACUUGUGAUGUGUAGCCUUCCGGUGUUUCCGGUUCCUUAACGAGUAUACUUAUAUAUAUACGUAUACUCGGGUUUGAUUCCACCUACGUCUGAAUUUGAUUAGAGGUUGAUGAUGGUAAUAUUUUGGAUGAAUAAUUGUGAAAAAUGAAUGGGCAUGGGA